AUGGAACCCUCAUUCUCAUCGUCUUCGUCAUCCCAAUCCCAAUCUCCAAACCCUCCUCUGCUUCUCCUAGCCAUGUCUUCCUCCGCCCUCCUCCACCGCCACCAGCGCCGCCGCGUUUCCCCUUCAGCCACCGCCCUCCCUUUCAGCUCCUCUGUACAGAAGGUGAUCGGCAACGAUGAUCUUCUGAAUCAGAUCCUCGUUCGAUUACCGGCGAAGCCUCUGUUUUCCUUCAAGGCCGUGUCGCACAGAUGGCUAUCUCUGAUCUCGGAUCCUUACGUGAUGCGUGAUUGGAUUGCUCCGAAAUCUCCUUCUGCGUUCUACUACCGAAGGUACAACUCUGUCACUUCACACACUAUCAAAUUCAAUCAUGUUUCUCUCAAUGUGUUAGAAAAUAAAAAGAAGAAGAAGCUUCGGUCAUUUAGCUUCAUCAAUGAUCCUGAAGGUGUGAAAAUCUGUCAGUCCUGUAAUGGUUUGUUGCUUUGCUCUUCAUCUAGUUACUCUUUGGAUUAUGUUGAUACUAAAUACUAUGUUCUGAACCCCACCACAAAGAAGUAUUCGAUUAUUCCUAGGCCGGUUAAUGGGGAUGAGAGAAACUUUGUUGUUUCUAUGACCUUGAUUUUUGAUCCCUCUGUUUCACCUGACUACAACAUACUUGCUGUCCGUGCCAGACAAUGGGGCGGGGUCGAUUUUUGUGUUGCCUUGUAUUCCUCCUCCACUCGAACUUGGGUGUUUUCCGGAUCAUCAUUUACUUACCUGUCGAGUAUAAUAUUUGAAAAUGGCGUCUUCCUUGAUGGGAAGAUUUAUUGGCCUACUUGUCUCUCCGAGAUAUCAAUCUAUUAUGAUUGUAUUGGACAUGAAUUCGUCCCAUAUCCGAUGCCUCAUGAUCGACUCACAAAGGAGCUACUGCAUUUUGGGGAGUUUGGAGGCCAUCUACAAUUAGUUGAAUUCCAUGAUGAUUGCAUUCGUUAUUUUCAAGUGUUGGAAUUGAAGGCUGACUGUUCCAAGUGGUUUGUGAAACACCGGAUUGAUCUUCACCUGGGUGUAGUGGAUUUUCCGGAGAUGUAUAGUAAGCACCCUGGCCGGGGUUGUAUGACUUAUAAAUACAACAUGCUUUGCUUCCUUGGAGGAGACGAUGAAGGGGAUUCGUGUUUGGUCUUCUACGUACCUCGCAAAGUCAUAGCCUAUUCCUUCAAGGACAAGAUUUUCAAGAAGCUUUGCGAUUUGAAGCUGCGCCCUUGUGAUUUUCAGAGUCUACGACUUUCUCCGUGGUUUGCUGUCCAUUCAUGCGUGGAGACCAUAUAUAAUGUAUGA